AGCAUGCUCGGUGGACCGUGACAUCAUCACCACAUGGCUGCGCCGCAUGCAAAGCAGCUGGAAGGUUCCUGUUCGACGCCGAGCUGCAGAAUCACAGCAGGACGAGGCGCAGAGCAACGCGGUCAUGGGCAAGGUCAACUCGCGGCCGAAGCUUUUCCCCGGAGACAUCGUGGAGUAUCCCAGGAACAAAUACUUCUCCCAUUUCGGGAUCUACUUCGGGGAACGGGACGGCGUUCCCUACGUGGCUCACCUGACCUGCAGAGACGCCGACACCAAGAUCCCGCUGUUCGGCCGCGCCCUGAGGUCAGAGGUCAAGCUGGAUCCUCUGGAGCUGCUGGGGAGUAAUACAAAGGUCAGCAACAUGCUGGACGGGUCGCAUUCCCCCAGAGACUUCCACUCGGUGGUGAAGCCCGCCAUCGAGGACAUGCUGGGCCGAGACGUGACCUUUGACAUCCUGUUCCACAACAGUGAGCACCAGGCCACACUAUUCAGAUACGGAGUCAAAAAGUCCCAGCAGAUUGAACUGGUCUACGAACACAUCAUGCCGUCCUGGAAGAAGCUGUUUGAGGAGAAGAAGCUGUGAGCUGUUCUGCCACUAGAGGGAGCCGUCUCCUGCAUUUCCAAUCUCAUCCUUCCACUAAACUUUCACACCUUUAGAAAUACUGCUCCUCUGCUUUUCCAUCCAUUCAUGGUCCGUUCUCCGACUGAAGCACGAAAGUGAAUUUUAAAACUUGAAUAUUAGUGACUUUGUUGCAGAGAAAGUAUUUUUGUCUUCCAGAUUAAAAGUGUCAGAUUUUUAAAUUUUUACUAUUUUAAAAAGUUUCUUUUAUGUUUUCUGGACUGCAACACAUCCACAUUUCUUUCAAUGUUUUGCUUUACAUUUUAAAAAAUGUUUUUAUUUCUGUAAACAUUUAUUUUCUUCUCUUUGAAAUGAUUUUGAAGGCCAUAAUGUUUCUUUAGACAACAUGGACAACUUGAAAUUGUCCAUGUUGAUAUUGAAGCUGAGAUCUAAAUAACAGUCAUUUAUUAUUGACGACCAAUCGAUCGUCAAUCAGCUUCCUGUUUCCUGUACGUUCUGAGCAGAUGUCAAAUAAUCUUUGAU